AUGGCAUCACCAAACUCGUCGCGACAUCACGACAAUGCGUCCGUCGGAAGCAACUUUUCCGAGGGACGCGUGGACGGCAGUGACCGGCGGCGGGACGAGGUGGCUCUGUCGCCGGGCGCCCUCGCCGUGUGCGCUCUCCUGUCGCUCAUCGACAUCGUAACGCUCUUCGGCAACGCGGCGGUGCUGCUGUGCCCCUUGGUGGAGCGGCGUCUGCGCACGGUCACCUACAUGUUCAUCAUGUCCCUGGCCACCGCCGACCUGCUGGUCGCCUGCCUCGUCAUGCCGUUCAGCAUCAUAUACGAAGUCACGGGCGUUUGGAUUUUCGGAGAGCUCUUUUGCAAAGUGUGGAUUUCUUUUGACGUGAUGUUCUGCACAGCCUCCAUCGUGACGCUCUGUUUCAUCAGCUUGGACAGAUACUGCUCCGUGGCCACUCCAAACCACUACCCAACGCGCAUGUCUGGGAAAAGGUGCAUCGCGAUGACCGUAUCCAUCUGGGUGUACUCGCUGCUCAUCUCCUUCUUGCCAGUCACGCAGGGCUGGAACGAGAUUCCGGGCGUGCGCUUUGACGCGCGCCGCGAGUGCCUUUUCAUCACCAACUGGGCGUUCGUGCUUGUCGCCUCGACGCUGGCCUUCUACCUGCCCUUCCUGGCCAUGUGCACCAUGUACUUCUUCGUGUACCGCGCGUCGCGCCUCAAGGCGGCGCGCAUCGCAUCCCAGACGCUCGACAUCCACUACCACCCCAAGAGCCAGCGACCCAACAACCCUCAGCUGGAGAACAAGGCCACGCGCACCAUGACCAUCAUCAUCUCGGCCUUCGUCAUGUGCUGGCUGCCCUACUUCGUCUUCAACGUGGCGAUGAACGCGUACGGCUCCAAGCACGACAGGGUGGUGGUCACGAUGUUUAAGGUCAUGACGUGGCUUGGGUACUGCAACUCGGCUAUCAAUCCCGUGCUCUACGCCUUCCUCAACCGUGACUUCCAACACGCGCUCAAGACGCUCUUUCUGUGCAGCCGCAUGGGGUCAAGGGUUGGCAAGAUUGGAGAAGACAUGGUGUCCAUGGUGACGAUAUCCAAGACGCUGGCGAAGGAGCAGGAAGAUCCAUGAGCGGGGAGUGAGAGAGGCGAGGGGGCCGUAAAACCUGCACAGAAAGAGUACAAACAAAAAUGAAAUCAAAAUCCAGGUCACUCGCCCAUUGUCCGUUUGUUAAUUUG